AUGGGGUUCAAACAGUCCCUGCCUGACAAUUCCCCCCUAUUCACAAAAGGGGUUGGUAAGUCCUUUGUAGCCCUAUUAGUAUAUGUGGAUGAUAUAGUGGCUGCAAGUGCUGGCUUAGAAGCUAUACAAGAAGUCAAAGUACAGCUCAAUGAAAGGUUCCAAUUAAAAGACUUGGGGCCUAUGAAAUACUUUCUUGGAUUGGAGGUGGCCAGGCACAAGAAGGGCAUUGCAGUUUGCCAAAGGAAGUACGCUUUAGAAUUACUUGCUAAUACCGGUUUCAUAGAAUCCAAACCUGCCCAUAGUCCCACAGUUCCCUCACAUAAACUAAGCAAAAGUGAAGGUGAGCCUCUUGAAGACAGUAGUCAGUACAGAAGAAUAGUGGGCAAACUACUUUAUCUAACCAUCACUAGACCUGACAUUGGUUUGCCACACAUCAGUUAUCUCAAUUUCUGGACAAACCUACCCACUUACACCUCCAAGCUGCUCACAGAGUAUUAA